UAUAAAGUCAGAUGUGAUUGCAGCAAGAUCUCAUUCUCCCCUAUCAGUGCUUGCUGGAAAGGGAAGGCUUGUCUCCUGGGGGAGCUAUGGAAGAUAUAGACAGGGGUGAAUCUGUUGAAGAAACAGGAACGGAAAUGGACAAAGCAGAGUUCCCUAAAGAGCAAAUGGAAAAUAUGGGCAACAAAGGACGCCCAGUUCAAAUGUCAGGAUUAGAGGGUUCAACGUCAUCUGUGGCACAACAGUUCACAGGUGUUCCAAAUCAUUCAGCUCUGGACAUGAAACCCCCAACCUCUUUUCCACCACCCUUUCCCCUACACGGCUCUGCAGAGAACGCGGACUUUGGAUGUUCCUCUGGGGUUCCAGACACAGACUGUCUCAUCUGCUUUAACCGGUACAGUCUUAACAGGCUGCCCAAGCUGUUGGCUUGCCAGCAUGUCUUCUGCGCCGUCUGCCUGAAGCUUAUCCUGAGGAACGAAGGCAACACAUGGAAAAUCAUUUGCCCUCUCUGCCGAGAAGCCACAGCCGUCAUUGGCGGCCUUGUCUGCAGCCUUCGCAAUAAGGAGGAUGCUCUCCUUGAACCCUUGACGAACCCCAGACCAAAGGACCCUUUUUCUCCAGGUUCUCAGAGUGGGAAGCCAGUGCCUUGUGGCACUUCCUGCAGCAACCAAGACGACGACAGCGACAGCAAGAGCAAUAACCCCAGGGUGGCUGCCAAGAGACUGGUCUUCCUUCUGCUGCUGUUAGUCCUGCUUACCAUCUUUCUGCUUGUGAUCUUGGACACUGGGAUCUUGAAGUGGGCCCUUUGCAUUGCCAUUGGUUGGGGAUUGGCCAUGGCUGGGAUCCUUUGUUUCAACCCAAAGUGGGGUUGCAGCUUCUCCCCGAGUUCACUCCUGCCCUGGAGAAAGAGGACAAGCCACAUCACCUCUGUUGCCUAAAAGGCCCCUCAUCCAGCGAAACUUUGAGCCUCACAAGAUCUUGUCAUUUGAUGAGACCCUGGGGGGGGGGGUUCUUGCCAAGACUCCAAUCACUGGCUUGCUUCCGAUUCCAGUCUUAUCUCUGAUUAUGUCUUUGUUGUUGUUAUAUGGCUUUCAGUCAGUUAUGACUUAUGGCGACCCUAUGAAUCUUUUUUGGAUAUAUUCAUAGGGUUUUCAUGGUAAGAGGUAUUCAGAGGUGGUUUACCUUCCUCCAAACCUACGGCACCUGGUGUUCCUGGGCAUUCUCCCAUCCAAGUACUAACCAGGCCUGACCCUGCUUAGCUUCCGAGAUCAGACAAGAUUGGGCAUGUUGAGGGUCAUAUGGCCAUAGGCUGAUUAUGUCUUUAUGGCUCUUUAUGUCCAUCACACUCUAGCACUUCUGCCGCACUUGCUUGUGGGUAGGGAUAGGAAAAAAUUUUUUGCAUUUAAAGGCGAAUCUACCUGAUUCACACUUUUUGAAACAAUAAAACUGAGACACAGCCAUUGUUCAGAAUUUACGGUUCUGAUUUUAUGGGGCAGAUCUCAAAAUAAUAUUUAAAAAUGCCUAUAAUAUGGGAAAGCGUGCAUAAAAAUGAAUAUAUUCAUAAAAUUAAUAUACAGAACCAUAUCAUGUUAGGUAAAAGUGCUUGCAAAAAUAUGUUAGGAGAAACUUGCACUAAAAUGCUGACAAAUCUUCAUGAGGAUUUUUUAAAUUGCAAAUUGCUACAAAAAUAUGGAGAACUGAAUUUAACCUUGUCUUUUAAUCCUAGCUAGGGCUAGAGAGAAGAUACAAUGCUUAUUAAUGGCCUUUCCCAGACUUGCCUCCUGCACAGUUUUGGCCUACAAAGCUCUAUCAGCCCCAACCAGCACAGUUGGUUUUGAAAUCGAAAACAUCUGAAGGGCCCUAGGCAUAUAAUGCCUUCUGGAAUAUGAGGCCAGCUGGGCUCAGCAGUCAGUCGGGCAGUCUUGGGAGGAUUGUGAAGAAAUUCAGUGAGAGACUUAAGAAGACUCUGUGAGAGGCAAAAAGGGAAGGCAGAAGCUGGGAAGGUCUGUGAGAGAGGAGAGGGAGCCUCCGGUAGCAGACCUUGAGGAGAGUUGAGCUGUGCAUCAGAAGUCGAGGAGGUCACCUGAAGCGGCAUUCUAAAUGCCUGACCAGAGUGAAGACUUCGGGUGGUGACCUUAGUAAAGCCUGCCAGGUAACUGAAGGGGAGUGAACCUGACGAGAGGGAAGAGUUCAAGUGAGGCCCUCUAAGCAAAUCUGUGAAUUGAUUUAGGAAAGGUACUUGGUCAUUCUACAACACUAGAUGUUAUUGGACAUCUCCCGAAAUCCCUGAUCAUUGGCCAUGCUGGCUGGGGCUGAUGGGAGUUGGAGUCCAACAUCUGGAUGGCCAGAUUCUCCCCAUUCCUGAUGCAAAAACUAUAGCAGGCAUGUAGACAUCUUCUUAAUGCAACAGUAACACCAUUAAUGUCACAUUAUUAAUGCAACAGUAACCUCUUGUAUCAGAUAUGAAGCCCAGCUUUAUUAUACAACUUGCA